AUGAAAUUGAAGAUACUACAGCAAUUCAACCACAAUCAGAUACAAACGGGAUGGUGAGACAUGGCAAAAAGCGGAAAAGUCCUUCGAAUUGUUUAGAAAAAUAUAAGAAAAAAGUGCAUCUAGAUUUACCAAGGGAUAUUAAAGAGAAAGAACGAAUGCGACAUUUUUCGUCUGAAACUGAAUCUGAUG